AUGCCGCAACUAGAUACAUCUACAUGAUUUAUAAUAAUUAUAUCAAUAUUCCUAACCCUCUUUAUCAUUUUCCAAUUAAAAGUUUCAAAACAUAAUUUUUUCUUUAAUCCAGAACCUACAUCAACUAAAAUACAAAAACAAAACACCCCUUGAGAAACAAAAUGAACGAAAAUUUAUUUGCCUCUUUUAUUACCCCAAUAA